ACCAUGAUCCCGCCCGGGGAGUGCAUGUACGCGGGGAGGAAACGAAGAAAGCCUGUCCAGAAACAGAGGCCCGCGGUGGGGUCCGAGCGCUCCAACCCCUCCAAGAGGCACCGGGACCGCCUCAACGCGGAGCUGGACCACCUGGCCAGCCUCCUGCCAUUUCCACCUGACGUCAUCUCCAAACUGGACAAGCUCUCCGUCCUGCGUCUCAGUGUCAGCUACCUCAGGGUGAAGAGCUUCUUCCAAGCUCUCAGACUAAGAUGUCCCCAGGAGCCUGCUACUUUGGACCCCGCGCCCGGAGACGGCCGCCCUCGCGGAGGCUCCGCCGUGCUGGAGGGGAGGCUGCUGCUGGAGUCUCUCAAUGGCUUUGCACUGGUGGUGAGCGCAGAAGGAAUGAUAUUUUAUGCAUCGGCCACGAUCGUGGACUAUCUGGGCUUCCAUCAGACAGACGUGAUGCACCAGAACAUUUACGACUACAUUCACGUGGACGACCGCCAGGACUUCUCCCGGCAGCUGCACUGGGCCAUGGACCCACCCCCGGCGGCCUUCGGGCCGCAGUGCUCAGAGACAGCAGACGACACCGUCCUCGGGAGGCUGCUCGAGGCCCAGGAAGGUGGCGCAGGGCUGCCCACGGCCUACUUGGCCUUCCUGACACGCUGCUUCGUCUGCCGCGUCCGCUGCCUGCUGGACAGCACCUCGGGCUUCCUGACGAUGCAGUUCCAAGGGAAACUAAAAUUCCUGUUCGGGCAGAAGAAGAGGGCGCCGUCGGGGACCGUCCUGCCGCCGCGGCUCUCGCUGUUCUGCGUGGUGGCCCCGGUUCUGCCGCCGGCCGCUGCCGAGCUGAGGCUGAAGAGCUCGCUCCUGCGGACCAGGCCCCGGGCGGCCGCGGGCACCAGGGACGGGGAGGAGGAGCGUGGGAAGCUGCUGGACGGCUCCUCUGGAGUGACGGGCAGGAAGGAGAUGCUCACGUACAGUUGCCACUUGGAGACACAGGGACCGACAAAGCCUCUUCACUGGACAGCAGGAAAGCAGGAUCUGGCCAGCAGUGUCAAGCUGAAGCUGGAGCCCGGGAGCAGCGAUCCCUUCUCCGUGCGUGCCCAGCCGCAUGGUUCUGCCCUGCCCUGCCCCUUUAAUGCCAGUGGCGUCGCUACGUUCAGAAAUCCACCCAGCCCUUGUCCGCCGAGUCAUUCCCCCAGCGCGUACGCCAGCCGGACAGGCAGGCCUCUGAGGAGCGGUGAUCGUGGGCAGGCGCAGCCCCCCACCAGCUGCCAUGUCCUCCCAGGGAGCCUGGAGGGGGUGCUUCCUCUCCAUCGGGCACAGCGUUUUGCAGUGGGGGGCUACGCCACCGAGGGUGCCAGGUUGCAAAGUGCACCAAUGCCUCUGGGAGCCCCGGGCCAUCCAGUGUUGUCACUGGAUGUGCCCAUCAAAGUGGAGAUUGAUGCUGGCUCUGAGGGUGCGGCAGACAGCUACCUGGUGAACCCCCGCCAGGUGCCCCUGAAGGCGGAGCAGGACCUCUCCACGCCCCUGUCCCCCUGCACAGGCUCCAGGCACCCCGCCUUUGCCCCGCACCUGGGGCACAGUGUGCUGGGGGCUCUACCCCCAAGCAGGGCCACCUCCAGACCCCACAGGGAGCUGGCCCCAUUGCACACAGCCAGCCGUGCCUGCCCCCCUGAGCCUGGGCCCUCCCACUGCCUCUGGCUGCGGGGACAGGGCACCCUCCAGCCUUACCCACUGCGCUACGACUGCAGGGCUGCGGGCGCUGCACCUGUGGUCAAGCGCGAGCCCCUGGAUUUGCCCCCAUGGGCCGCUCACAGCCAGGGCGGGAUGCCGGGGCUGUUUCCCAAAAGUGCCUUGGCGACGCUGAUGCCGCCGAGAGCCUCAGAGUGCUCUUUCCUGCCGUAGCCACAGCCGCUUCUGAAAUCCAGCAUCUGGCCAAGCCCAGUCUGCCCUGGCCGGGCCACCCCGCCUGGCAUCUGGGUGCUCAGAGCCGUUUCUAAGCAGCAGUUGGCACAGCUGCACAACUUCCACCCUC